UCGUAUUAUUUUAAAUAUGAUUCUGGCACAUCUUUAAAUUUUUUUAGAUAAAAGUAUUUAAUUUUCUAUUUAAUAGUUGAAAAAAAUUAGACAAAGCCAUUUUUUUAGUAUGGAUCUAUGUAAAAGUACAGCAAAUGAACGCUUGAAACAGCAUCAUAUGUUAUAUAAAGUGAAAACCCCACCUUGGAAAGAAACAUUCCGAAUGAAAUGCCUCCAGCGUUUGAAAAACAGUCGGAGUAAAUUAGUUGACAAAUUCCGUCGUUUGGAACUGUGUUCGGAUGAAACAUUUGAUAUUUUAAUGAAAGAUUGGCAAACUUUGAGUAAGGAGAAGAAUGCUUUAUCUGAGGUUUUCCUUGAUGAGAUUGAUGAUUUAGAUGAUGGUGAAAUUAAUGAAUUUGUUAGUAUUAUGGAGGAAAUUCAGCGAGAGAUUCAAGAAGAAGAAAGAAAAUGGCUUGAGGAAUAUGCUGCAUCUGAAGAUAGAAACCUGGAAUCGGAAGUAGAUUGGCUGCAACGAGAUGAAGUUAUUUGCCCACUUUGUCAAAAGAACCCAAUGCAUCAAAUUCACUCUGUUAUAUUUUGUGCUUGUGGAGUCCACAUCGAUGUACAGCAAGAUGGAUUGACCCUCCAGAACUUGAAAUCGGAACUCCACAAAGGAAUAGAAACCCAUGAGCAGGCUUGCCUUGUUACUCCAAGUUUUUCACUUCUUCACUUUUUAGAAAACACAAAUUUAGCCAUUACAUGUGAGGGCUGCAAUUUCAUGUAUAUAGUCAUUUGAAACAGUUCAUGUAUUUUGUAAAUAUGUGUUAUAUAUAAUUGUGUAUAUUUAAUAAAUAUUAAUAUAUUUAAC